AUGAUGUCUGGCGAAGCAUGGCUCUUCCUUCUGGCCGUGUUGAUCAACGCGGUCAACCUGUUCCUCCAGGUUUUCUUCACCAUCAUGUAUAGCGAUCUGGAAUGCGACUAUAUCAACCCUAUCGAACUUUGCAACCGCCUCAACACGUACAUUAUCCCCGAAGCGGCUGUCCACGGUUUCCUCACUUUCUUGUUCCUCAUCAAUGGUUAUUGGCUGCCGCUAAUCCUGAAUCUGCCGCUUCUGGGCUGGAACAUCAAGAAGAUCGUCGACAACACCCACCUACUGGACGCGACUGAGAUUUUUCGCAAGCUGAACGUUCAUAAGAAGGAGUCAUUCGUCAAGCUUGGCUUCCAUCUGGUCAUGUUCUUCUUCUACCUCUACAGCAUGAUCGUUGCGCUCAUCCGUGACGAGUCCUCAUAA